GCGGCCCGGCAGGCGGGCGGGCCGAGCGCCGAGAUGAGCCUGGCGGAGGGCCGCGCCCCGCGGCGCACGGCGGGGAACCGGCUCUCGGGGCUGCUGCAGGCCGAGGAGGAGGACGAGUUCUACCAGACCACCUACGGCGGCUUCAACGAGGAGUCCGGGGAUGACGAGUACCGCGGCGAGCACUCGGACAGCGAUGACGAGGUGGACUCGGACUUCGACAUCGACGAGGGCGACGAGCCGGGCUCGGAGCAGGACGAGGCCGAGCCCCGGCGCCGCCGCCGCGUGCUCACCAAGGCCUACCGGGAGCCGCUCCAGAGCCUGCGGGCCAGGAAGGCGGAGGGGCCGCGGGCAGCCAGGGGCAGGGAGGUGAAGGGGCUGCCCCUGGAGCUGCAGGAGGACGGCGGAGACAGCCGGAAGCACAUGCGCCAGUCCACCACGGAGCACACGCGGCAGACGUUCCUGCGGCUCCAGGAGCGCCAGGUGCAGUCCAAGAGGAAGAAGGGAGGCACCAGCCACGAGCGGCCCCUGACCCAGGAGGAGCUGCUGGAGGAGGCCAAGAUCACUGAGGAGAUCAACCUGCGCUCCCUGGAGAACUACGAGCGGCUGGAGGCGGACAAGAAGAAGCAGGUGCAGAAGAAGAGGAAGAUCGUGGGCCCCGUGAUCCGGUACUGGUCCCUGACCAUGCCCCUCCUGCCCGAGCCCGGCCGCGAGGACCCUGUGGACGUGGAGGGGCUGGGCCCCGAGGCGCGGCCGCCGUCGCCGGGGAAGUGCUCGCGCACCUUCAUCUCCUUCAGCGACGACGCCACCUUCGAGCGCUGCUUCCCGCGGGCCAAGGCGCCGCGGCUGCCGGUGCGCGAGCUCUGCCCCGUCACGCACAAGCCGGCGCUCUACCGCGACCCCAUCACCGACAUCCCCUACUCCAACGCCCGCGCCUUCCGCAUCAUCCGCGAGGCCUACCGCAAGUACGUCACGGCCCACGGGCUGCCCAGCGCCGCCGCCGCCGCCGCCGCGGGCGCCGGGGACAGCGCCGGGGCGCGGCCCGGCCGCCAGAAAAUCGUCAUCAAGCAGAGCGUGCCCAGCGCCUGACGGCGGGAGCUGGGAGCUGGGGUGUGGGGGUGCUGGGGUGCGGAGUGUCCUUUGCAAAACAGCAGAAAAUCAUCCUCAAGCAGAGUGUUCCCAGUGCCU